AUGCUUCCUUCCUGCGAUAUUACGUCUCCCUCUGUUGUCACUGGAGAAGGCAGCGACUUGACAAUGGAGCUGGAGAGUGUCAACAACAUGGAGGAAGACGGGCGCCUGACCCAGCUGAGGUUCGAGGCCGCUGUCCGAGUCAUCAAGAGCUUAUCCCCGGAUGGCCCAUUUCAGCCUUCCAAUGACAUGAUGCUGAAAUUUUACAAAUUUUACAAACAAGCCACAGUGGGACCAUGUGACAUACCUCGGCCUGGGUUCUGGGACGCAGUUGGAAAAGCAAAAUGGGACGCGUGGGACUCUCUCGGAGAUAUGUCCAAAGAGAACGCAAUGGCUGCUUAUGUGAAUGAGAUUAAGCUGAUCCUGGAGGGAAUGCCCAUGACCGGAGAGGUGGAGGAGCUGCUGCAUGUGCUGGGGCCGUUCUACGAGAUGGUGGACGAGAAGAAGAAGAUCUCUCACAUAUCGGACUUAAGCUCAGGCUUCGGGACAAUGAUGAAUUCAGUGCAGACCAAAAGUGUUGCAAAGGACAUCGUGAGGAGUAUGGAGUUGAAUGGCACACUGGAGACCAAACGAGUGGCGAAUGUGAGGGAGGUGUCGGACGAGGAGCUGCCGGAGGAGGCCGAGGAAGAGGAGGACGAGGUGUCACAAGACAACAAGAAAGAGAGGAGAUCCCCAAAGAAGAAAGGCUCGGCCAGAAGACAUUUGACCAACGGCAAAAUGCUCAACGGUGGCCCUCACCUCACCAACGGGAACCAUUCCAAAACUGCUCUGAACAGCGGAGACUCCCAGGAGGCUUUAGAGCUGGUGCUGAACGGACACCACGCAGAUGCAGCGGGUCCUAACCACGUGGCCAGUGACUCCGACAGCGAGGUCUACUGCGACUCUAUCGACCAGUUUGGGCACGAAGAGAACUCGGAGCAUAACCAAUCCAUCGACGACUUGGAAGAAGAGGAGAGCCACAGUGGGGACCAGGCCGAGACCCAGGGAGUCCAGUGUGGAGGAGAGGAGGAUAAGAGUGCAGGGUCCAGGCAGCGCCCCCAUCUGGGGAAAGAUCAGACCUGCAGCUCCAGCGGCAGACAAGCAACAGGCUCCUCAUCACAAGGGCCUGGUUCUGGGCCUGUCGUUCCCUUGCACAGCGGUGGAGAUGGAGCGGGGGGGCCCUGGGGGGGAGCAGGACCACCAGGCCUCAAUCUGAACGAGCAGAUCGUGGUGGCUUUGGCCCGAUUACAAGAGGACAUGCAGAGCGUUCUGGAGAGACUGCACACUCUGGAGGCCCUCACUGCCUCCCAGGCUCGCUCAACGGCUCUGUCUCCUUCUCUGCCCUCCACCCCCGUCAACAAGAGGAAUCGGAAACCGUCCUGGUGGCCUUUUGAUAUCUCCCCCACGAGUCUGGCCUUCGCUGUGAUCUGGCCUUUUGUCGUGCAGUGGCUCUUACGCGUAAUCUUACACCGAAGAAGGAGGAGGAUCAAUUGA